GUCUCACCUCCUUCGUCGUUUCUACCUCCUCGUCGUACAACAAACGGACGUCGCUUCGACUUUAUACCGAGUGAAAGUCUCUUCGGGAUCCCGUCGUUAGCGGGUUAAAAUGAGUCAGUCACACCGCGACGGCUUUCCUGGUGGGAUCGAUAUCCGGUACUUUUCCACGUGAACCCUGGCCCUUAUGGCAUUGAGAGAAUUAUAUCAAUAUCGUAGGGAAUUGGGGUCAAUUGAUUCGUUCCUGUGAACAGGAAGUUGAGUUCGGUGGUUAUUUGUUUUUGUGCAAGAAAGAUACUCAAAGAAUGGAUAAGCCAGGGAUGCCUCAAAUUUAUAGAUCACCCGAUCAAUAAAUUAAGUAAAGCUGGAAGUCUCCAUAAGUCAUCCGUGUCAUCCUAGUAAAAAUGGCGAGACAACAAACGACGGAUCGAAAUAUCCCACAUCUGAGGGACAUCUUUGGUUUCGCCAGCAAGUGGGAAACCGGCCGGGGGCAAUUGGACGAGAAGUUGACGGGCAACGACAGUGCGGUAUCAGUAGGCUCGACAUCGGGGGAGGAGGAGAGUCCAAAGAACAGCAAAAAGAAGAAAUCACGUCGUCGGGACAACAGCAAAACUCUAACCGAGAGCGACGUAAAGCAUUUAGAGCGGCACCUGUCGAUGAAGAAGACUAUCCGGAAGAAAAUAAUGCGUGAUUUGCAACAAGCAUUUGUUGAGGAUCCAAAUGAAUUUAGGGUUGAUGAUAUACCACCUGAGCAGCUUAAAGCAGAAAUCAAUAUACAGAGCUUGAGUUUUGGUACCCCGUCACAGAAACAAGGACGAACGAGAGGAAAUGCUGAGAGCACUUUCCUUGACAUGCUUCGCGCUGGUGGUGGUUUUGAAAAGACUGGUCAGGAUGGAGACCGAGAUUCUGGUCAUGGUGGAUCGCCAACUCGAGAGUCAGUGAGCGUUAACGAUACUGACGAUGAAUCGAGCUAUCCCUACGAUACGCCAACCGCAACACCUGUAAAAAAAAGUGGGAAUUUCUGGAGGCGAUUCACCAUGAAAAACCGCAAUAAGCGGUAAACCUUCACUCGUUUAUUAAGUCAAAAGAAGGCAAAGAAAUAUAAUAACAGAACAACUGUGGAACCAGCCUCCAAGGCACUGUUACUUAAUUCCUCGUUGAUAUCUUCUUUUUCCUUCAAUUUUUUUUCCUUUUUACAAAUAAAUUUUCGUACUUGUUCUAGAGCAGAGCUUACGACUGUGAUAUAAGUAAAUGAAAACCGAUGUUCCCUUCCUGCAGAUUUAUUUCUAAUAUCCAUAACUGUAGAUUACUUGAUAGUUUGUUUUUUUGGUUUUUCUGCAAAGACUUAUCUAUUAAAUUGAUGAAGUGAGAAAUGCAACAUUAACUCGAUCUGAAAAAAUAUUAAAAUUGGCUGCAUUAUCCCUUUUUUUAGACGAAAAACAAUAUUUUCUGGAAUAUUUUUUCCUAGCAGUUCCUUAAUUGUACAUAUCGCAUGAAAAUCAACAAUGGCUAUCUUUUUAUUUUUAUAUGAAAAAGCGAGGAAUAAGUCGUAGAUUCUUCUACAUUCAUUCAUAAAAUUCAGGCAGAGAAAUGUUGCGAAACUUUCGCCGAGUAGUGAGAGGGAAAGAUUUUCGUAUAUUGAUGCAAGAUCGAAAGAUGUACUUGUUUUUGAACAAUCCAUUAAUUUUUUCCUGAAUAUUGGACAAUAAAAUUGCGUAGAUGAGUCCCUUAUUAUUGUUAUGAAUGCGUGCUUGUCUUCCGGUUGGAGUUUGUUAUAAUUGAUAUAAAAAGAUUAAAUACAUAAUUAGUAUUAGCUAGUCAAUGUACUCUGAGUCGAAGAACAAACACUCCAAAGUUGAGCGGAAUUCCAAAAUAAUGAACAACUAUUCAAAAACUUUACUAAUUCGAAACAUUCAAGGUGACCAUAUCAUUAAAAAUAUCAUCACAGGUCGAUGAACCGAAAAUAUGUAUUCAAUGAGAUUAAAGGAAAGCGAUUAGGAUAAAAAUUCAGCUCAUAAAUUUUUUAACAUAAAUUGCCAAAUGAAGAGAGUAUUUUUUCAAUAUUUGAAAAUUACCCAUCGGGUUCAAUUGAGGACCAACAAAUGAAUUUUCUGUGAGAGAUUCAUCCUAAUGUGAUUAUUGUUAGUGUUCCGCUCAACUUGACAAUUAUAAUAAAGGCUCAAUGAGUGAAAGAUUCAUAUCAAAUUAUAGAUACCGCAUUGUUUUUUCAUUUUUAAAACGUAAAAGGGCCCUUAUUCAUGCUCUGCUGAGACAAUAUCGUACUUUACGUGUUCUCUUAAUAUACCCCUGCAAUCAUAAUCAAUCGUAGUUAAAAGUUCUAAGAAAGAAACACAUGAGAAACAACAGAUUCAUUUAAAUGAUGUAUGACAGUUACUCGUACCACUGAUCAAGAACUACAUUUUUCCUUUGUAUUAUUGAUGUGUAUACAUGGCUAUUCGCAUAGUGUAAGGCAGCUUAAAUAAAUCAUGUAAGUUUGAAAAGAAA